AUGGUUGGUCUGGUGUCAGCAGCUGGCCUCGUCGGUUUCUUGUCCGAACCAGACCCCGAGCUCAGAAGCUUCGCGUUGAAGCAACUGGACAGCCAGGUGGAUUUGUUAUGGACGGAAAUCGCCAGCUCUGUCGGGGCGAUAGAGGCUCUUUACGAAGAUGAUUCCUUCCCGGAGCGCGAACUCGCCGCCAUCGUCGCAUCCAAAGUGUAUUACCACCUACAGGAGUAUAAUGAGAGCAUGGCUUUUGCUCUAGGAGCCGGAAAGCGUUUCAGACUUGAUCAUGCAGGGGAAUUUGAAGAUACCAUCAUCUCGAAAUGCGUAGAUACCUUCAUCGCCCUAUCCGCCAGUCGAGACCCUACCUUGGCCGCUGCCACGGCAUCAGCACAACCCCAGCUAGAUACAGCCUUCGGGCAAGGAGGAGAUGGUGCCGCCAGCAUGUCCGCGAGCUUAACGUCCCCAGUCACGCCAUUCUCUCAGUCUGUCCUACCGUCCAAGUCCCUCCUCUCGAGGCAAAAUACGGCAACGUUCGAUCCAACUCAAGCCGGGGCCGAACUAGCACAAGUGGGCUCUCCCGAGGCUAUCAUUCAACAGCGUGGUCUCCAGAAAGCUUUAACUCGCGUUGUCGAAUCCCUCUUCGAGAAAUGUUUCCAAGAAAAGAGAUAUCGUCAAGUGGUGGGCAUUGCGCUCGAAGCGCGAAACUUGGAUAUCCUGCGACGGGUGAUCAAACGAGCUGCCGAAGACGAACGAAAAGAUAAUGGCGAGGCCACGAAGAAGGGAGAAGAAUUGAUGGACUACGUUCUCGAUAUUUGCAUGAGCGUCGUGCAAGAGCGAGGUUUGAGAAACGAAAUUCUUAAACUCAUUCUGGAAUUGCUCAAUGAUAUCCCGUCUCCCGAUUACUUCGCCAUUGCCAAAUGCGUGGUAUAUCUUGAUCAGCACUCUAUGGCUUCCAACAUUCUGCGGCAAUUGGUUGAGAAGGGAGAUGCUCGCUCCUUGGCUGUCGCCUAUCAAAUUUCCUUUGAUUUGUACGACAAUAGCACUCAAGAAUUCCUUCGAAAAGUUCGAGAAGAACUGGCUGAGAUGUUACCGCAAGAAGACGCCAAGAGCGAAGCAAAUACCCAGGAUACCGAUAACAUGGAAAAAGACACACCAGGCAAAGCACAGGAUCCGCUUCAACAGGAAUUGCAGGAUUCUGCUGGAGCGCCAGCACCGUCCGAGGACGUCAAACUGUCCAAGUCGAAACAAUGGGAGGCAAUAAAGUCGAUUCGGGAAAUUCUGGAUGGUCUCACCUCAAUACAUUUAAAUAUCGAAUUCCUUCACAAGUCCAAUCGCGUCGAUUUGUCGAUAUUGAACAAGGUCAAAGACAGCCUGGAAGCCCGAUAUUCGAUCUACCACACAGCCGUCACUCUCUGCGCGGGUUUCAUGCACGCCAAAACUGCCAACGACACAUUCUUCCGGAAUAAUUUGGAGUGGUUAGGCAAGGCGGUCAACUGGUCCAAAUUUACCGCCACCGCCGUUUUUGGUGUCAUCCAUCAGGGCAAUAUCAACCAAGUGCAAAGACUUUUGAAUCCAUAUCUGCCAAAACCUUCUGGUGUCGGCGGUUCACAUGACUCCCCGUACAGCCAAGGCGGUUCACUCUAUGCCUACGGAUUGCUCUGUGCCAAUCACAAGGGCCAGGCAGUCGACUUCAUCCGAGAGAAGUUCAAGGAAGCCACCGAGGAAGUCGUUCAGCAUGGCGGUGCUCUCGGGCUCGGCGUGGCGGGCAUGGCUUCUGGUGACGAGUCUGUCUUCGAGGAUUUGAGAAACGUUCUUUGGGCGGAUUCUGCCAUCAACGGCGAGGCCGUCGGUUUAGCUAUGGGUCUUGUCAUGCUUGGAUCGGGUAAUACCAAAGUUCUGUCAGAUAUGAUUCAACAUGCCCAUGACACUCAGCAUGAGAAGAUUGUUCGAGGACUUGCAGUUGGUAUGGCUUUGAUCAUGUAUGGCCGUCAAGAGGGCGCCGAUGAACUCAUCCAAGGACUUCUCAACGACACCGACCCGACAAUGCGAUAUGGGGGCAUUCUGACAAUCGCCAUGGCGUAUGUCGGCACCGGUAGCAACAAGGCUGUGCGGAAGCUCCUCCAUGUCGCCGUCAGUGAUGUCAGCGAUGAUGUUCGACGAAUCGCCGUUCUGAGCUUGGGCUUCAUCCUCUUCCGCAAAUACAACAGCGUACCUAGAAUGGUGGAACUCCUCGCCGAAUCUUACAAUCCACAUGUCAGAUACGGUGCGGCCAUGGCUCUGGGUAUCUCAUGCGCUGGAACCGGUCUUGCCGAAGCAAUUGAUCUGUUAGAACCCAUGCUCAAGGAUCCCACAGACUUUGUGCGUCAAGGAGCGCUGAUCGCCCUCGCAAUGGUGCUGGUGCAACAAAAUGAAGCAAUGAAUCCCAAAGUCGGCACGAUCCGCAAGACAAUGCUGAAGAUUAUUGCUGAUCGACACGAAGAUGCAAUGUGCAAGUUUGGUUGUGCCAUUGCCAUGGGUAUUCUUGACGCUGGCGGUCGAAACUGCACCAUCAGCCUGCAGACCCAGACGGGCAAUCUGAACAUGCUCGGCAUUGUCGGUGCCGUCGUCUUCACUCAAUACUGGUACUGGUUCCCUCUCGCUCAUUUCUUGUCGCUGUCAUUGACACCUACGGCUGUCAUCGGUGUCGACCAAAAAUUGGAGGUUCCUGUAUUCAAAUUCCACUGCAAUACUCGUCCAAGUCUGUUCGAUUAUCCCCCGGAACAGCAAGCCAAAGCAGACGAAGCUCCUGAGAAAGUUAAAACAGCUGUUUUAAGCACCACGGCCCAAGCAAAGAGACGAGCUGCGCGCAAAGAGAAACAACAAAGACGCGAUAGUAUGGAUGUUGACACGGUUACUCAAGUCACCCCAAAGAUCGAAAAGGGAGACAAGAUGGAUACUGACGAGACAACCAUCAAAGAUGAUGACAGCAAAGAUGCCAAGAAGAAAGAUGAAGGAGAGAGGAAAGAAGGCGAGGCUCCCGAGGCCAAGAAAAAGGCUGAGAAAGAAAAAGUCGGAUACGAUAUCAGCAACAUGUCAAGAGUUCUUCCAGCGCAAUUAAAAUAUCUGACAUUCCCGGAUCAGCGAUAUCAGCCAGUCAAGAGACCAACUGGUGGCGUCAUGGUCGUGCUUGAUACGGAACCCGACAAGGAGCGUGAAAUCAUUCCUCUGCUCGUCAGCAAGGUCGAAACUCCGGCUCCCGCUACUGGCAACGUCCUGGGCGCCGGCGCGCAGCAAACACCGCAGACGCCCGCAAGACAGAUUCCUGGACCAGAUGUCGUGACAGGAACAGGCGCCGGGGCGGCAGCGGCAGCUGGGGUGUUGACAGCGAUCGACGAGGAUGAAGAGGGAGCAGAGGAAGCUCCCGUGCCAAAUGAAUUCGAGUACGAGACUGAUGCCGAGGGAGAGAAGGACGAGUAA